UCAUCACAUGACUAAAAAUUAAUUGAUGUAUCAGCUGUACCUUAAUUUAUUACAACUGUCAAGGAGAGUCCAUGCCAUUGCUACAUAAUGUCUAAAAGUAGACCCAAAGCUAGUAAGGAAGUCAAAGUAAUCGAAGAAAAAGACGAGAAAAAUGUUUAUGAUUAUGUAUCGUUAAAAGAACUUCCUAAUUUUGCUGAGUUAAACCAACAAGUAACCCGGCUUGUAGAAAGCAGCAGUUGGUGGGACCGGCAUGGAGUGGACUGGAUGAUUCUAUUCCUGAGUUUUGGACUUGUGUUUGUUGCUCUUUUCUUAAUGAAAUCUAGCAAUAUACAAACCGUUGCUUUAGGAGUGUUUGUUCUUGGAUGCUGCCAUUCAACUAUAGCAAUUAAAACUGCACAUUUAGUUCAGCACGGUGCACUUUGCAGUAGCAAAGCUCUAGGCACAUUUCUUGUCUAUUUCGUUUCUGAUGUGUGUGGCUCAUUUUCUGGGGAUCUUGGAUAUGAUAUCCACAUUAAGGUUCACCAUCCACACACUAACAUCAUUGGAUUAGGAGAUUCUAGCACAUGGAAAGCACCAUUUUUACCAAGCUACUUAUAUAUGUUUGUAGGACCUUUGUUUUUACCUGUUGUGACUAUACCUAUUGUACUAAGAGACAUAUGGGGAAAAUGGAAAAGUCUACUGAAAUAUCUAAUACUGAUGCCUCUCGGACUUGCAAUUAACUUGUAUCUUUUAAUGAAUAUAUCUGGAUUCACAUUCUGGGGAGCAGUUUUGUGCACACUUACUUACAGGGCAAUUCUAGCUAUACCUUAUAUACAUGUCAACAUUUUCCAGCACAUUGGAUUAGCAAUGUACUCGCCCAAAAGUCGUCCAAAGAGGAUUUAUCAGAUGUCCACUGGUGUACUCAACCUUCCACGGAAUCCAGUCUUAGAUUAUACAUUUGGACAUGCAAUAGUAAGUUGCCACAUAGAACACCACCUCUUUCCAAAGUUAUCGGACAACAUGUGCCUAAAGAUCAAGCCACUGGUUUCUAAAUUCAUCAAAGAAAAUGGUCUUUCAUACUAUGAAGAUACUUACAUGAACAGAAUGUGGAUGUUCAUAGAACAAUACAAUGAACUAAUGGUGAAUGCCCCACCCAUUAGUCAUUUUGUAGGGAUUCAAUGAUCAACAAUUAUUUAUUUACAGAAUUAUAUUAUAAUGUUAAAUUUUGUAUUAAGAGUUGCUUUUAUCUUCCUUUUUAUCAAUGUUUUGAAAUUGUUUACCAUGGCAUUAUGUAAAAUUUUAUUUACUUUUAAGGUCAGUAUUCAAGUUAUGUCUAAAUGUCUAAAUGUCUAUAAUAACACAUAAUAAAAUGAAUUAGAAUAUUAUACAUGCAUGACAAUUUUAAAACCUUUUGUUGAUGGACUAGUUGCGAUUACACAUUGUUAUAAUUUUAAAUGGUUUAAAGAAGAUAUAUUACCGGUAGUUAAAUGUCAACCAGACUAAUAACAGUCAUGACAGUGUAUAAUGCAAACUUGUCCACAGACAUUUUCAUAAAUCAGGCUAGUAGUGUAUUUCCUUAAAUGUCUAUUACAAGCAGUUCAGGUUUAGCAUUUUAUGUGUUACAGUAGGUGUUGAUAGAGCUGCUUAAACCAUUUUGUAUUUUUAACAAUUAAUCCUCUUGUGUACGGGUAGCUGUAAGGUCAUUUACAUGUAAUAGGAACAUUGAAAUCCAUAGCAGGUCAAAUAACAUAUAUAUAUAAAUAUAAUUUUGUUUCACUCUUGAUUAAAAUUGCCAGCCAAAAAAUGCAAAUACCUUUUUGAAGUCAAUUUCAUAUAUAUCUAUACAUGUUGAUAUAUUUAUCAUAUACAUUGUAUUCAAUGUUUGUUUUUGCUUUGUUUUUAUUUCAUCUUUGUUAUGAUUCUAUUUUCAGACUUAUUUCAUGUAUUAAAUGGUUAUGAAGAAGUUAUGUUUCAAUAGGGAUGUCCAUCUUGACAUUAAAUGAUUCUAUUAUUCACAAACACAAAUCUAAAAAAAUUUAAAAUAUACUGUAGCAAAAUUACUAUAUAUACCUCUGAUUAUAUUUCCUGAGAGAAAUUCAGCUGUACAUACAUACUUUGGGUUGUAUAUUUUAUGAAUUUUAUGAAUUUUUAGAAAUGACUUUCCACUCUGUUGACUUAAAUUGACCUUGCAGUUUUGCUGGUUAUCUUUAUGAAAUGAAACUUACUGGAUUAGUCUCUUUUAUUUAUAUGGUUGUUUGUUUGUUUGUUUGAUAAUCAGUGUUGCAUGUUUUGAUAUUUUGUUAAAGUUUAUAAUUUUUCAAUGAAUAAAACAAUAGAAAUUUCAAA